AUGGCUGCCCGUGUGAUCGCGGCGGCGCUGAUUGCGGUGGCCGCCGGCCAGGAAGCGCUAAGCCUCGACGACGAGUGCGCGGGCGAGGAGCAAUGUGCGCUGAACGCACUGCAGCGGCGAGGUGAGGCCGUGUCGGCCCUGGAGAAAACAGCGGAAGCUGCCGGCGCUCCGAAGUGCGAGAGCCUCCAGCACCCCUCCAACAACAUCUGCCGUUCGACGGUCGAAUGGGCGCACAGGGGCGGAAAGUACGACCGACAUGGGCCACAGUGGUUUGCUGACAUGCAGUCCAUUUCCGGUGUGGAUUACCACACAGCCAGCCUCGGCGACUGGCAAAAGCUCUACUUUUGCGCACCUCCCGGAGGCAAUCAGUGUGGGUCGCCGCCGUGCACCUGCACGAACCCUCCAUGUGAUGUCUGCUUCCAGGGGAAGAGCAAAGCCAAAUGCAGCGAUCCCGACAGCAUCGCGUGCAAGCCACCGGCCACAGCGCUUGACUACAACGGGAUGGCUUGGGAGGACAUGAAUGUCUCUGGCACAGGUCCUUUCCAUGUCUUUGCCAUCGGUGACUGGGGUGGCUUGGAUGGUACACUGCACCCAAUUGAGGGGCGGCCCAACCUCAUUGCCUACCCGGCAGGAACGAAAGCAGGACCAAGCGUUUUCCCAAGGACGCGCUUCAACAAGCCGCACACAAGGCUGCUCUGCAACCACAAGCAGUUUGUCGAGUGCUACAAGACGAUGGGACGAGUGUGCAAUCCCGGAUGUGGUUUCGUGAAGGGCAUCGAUGAUCAGCCACAGCUCCUGGUGGCCAGCUCCUUCAAGAGUCGC